AGUACAUGGCAGAGGAGGCAAGGAGGAAAGAGGGACAGAGGAAUAGUCACACAGAGGAGGGAGAGAAAGAGAGAGUGACAUCACACCUCCCAGCCUCUCUCCCUCUCUCUUUCUCUUUCUCUCUGGCACCUUUGCUCCACUUCUCGCCGAGGAGGCGCACACACACAGUUCCUCGCUGUUCUCCUUCAUAGCUCGUCAAAAAGGGGCUGGACCGCGGCGAGAGGGGAAACGGGAAAAGCUAAACAAGAAAACAUUUUGACAGGAUGAACAACAGUUUCCUAAACAUGGCGUCGAUAGGCGACUUCGACCCGCUCAACGCGUCUAUCCCUGCCACCAAAGUUGAAAUCACGGUGUCGUGCAGAAACCUGCUGGACAGAGACACCUUCUCCAAAUCAGACCCAAUUUGCGUUCUCUACACACAAGGCAUGGGCAACAAGGAGUGGAGAGAGUUUGGGAGAACGGAGGUGAUUGACAACACGCUAAACCCAGACUUUGUGCGGAAAUUCAUUUUGGACUACUUCUUUGAAGAGCGGCAGAACCUCAGAUUUGACUUGUACGACGUUGACUCCAAGAGCGCCAACCUGUCGAAACACGACUUUCUGGGCCAGGCUCACUGUACUCUGGGAGAGGUUGUUGGAUCGCAGGGGAGUCGCUUGGAAAAAGCUCUCGGAGGCAUCGUGGGGAAGAAAUGCGGGACCAUUAUUGUGAAAGCCGAGGAGCUCAACAACUGCAGGGAAUCGGUGAUGAUGCAAUUCUGUGGAAACAAGCUGGACAAAAAGGAUUUCUUUGGCAAGUCCGACCCCUUCCUGGUCUUCUACAGGAGCAAUGAGGAUGGCACGUUUACCAUCUGCCACAAGACAGAGGUGGUGAAGAACACGCUGAACCCCGUGUGGCAGGCCUUCAAAAUCCCCGUUCGAGCUCUUUGCAACGGUGAUUACGACAGAACAAUCAAGGUAGAGGUGUACGACUGGGACAGAGAUGGCAGUCAUGACUUCAUCGGAGAGUUUAGCACCAGCUACAGAGAACUAUCCAGAGGACAGAGCCAGUUCAACGUCUAUGAGGUGGUAAAUCCAAAGAAGAAAGGGAAGAAGAAAAAAUACCUCAACUCUGGAACGGUAACGCUGCUUUCAUUCUUGGUGGACAUUGAAGUCACCUUCCUGGACUACAUCAAAGGAGGGACCCAGAUUAACUUCACCGUGGCCAUCGAUUUCACAGCUUCCAAUGGUAACCCAGCCCAGCCCACCUCGCUCCACUACAUGAGCCCCUACCAGCUGAAUGCCUACGCCAUGGCUCUGAAGGCAGUUGGAGAGAUCAUUCAGGACUACGACAGCGAUAAAAUGUUCCCCGCGCUGGGCUUUGGAGCCAAACUGCCCCCUGAUGGACGCGUGUCUCAUGAGUUUGCAUUGAACGGGAACCCUCAGAACCCGUACUGCGCAGGUAUUGACGGCGUAAUGGAAGCCUACUACCAGAGUCUGAAGUCAGUUCAACUCUACGGACCCACCAACUUCUCCCCUGUCAUCAGCCACGUGGCCAGGUAUGCAGCUUCUGUGAAGGAUGGAUCUCAGUACUUUGUGCUCCUCAUCAUCACAGAUGGCGUCAUCUCAGACAUGGCGCAGACCAAGGAGUCUAUUGUCAAUGCCUCCUGUCUGCCGAUGUCAAUUAUCAUUGUGGGUGUAGGGCCUGCAGAAUUUGACGCCAUGGUUGAGCUGGACGGUGAUGAAGUCAGAAUCUCAUCCAGAGGAAGAUAUGCUGAGAGAGACAUUGUUCAGUUUGUGCCAUUCAGGGACUACAUCGACCGAACCGGGAACCACAUCCUGAGCAUGGCUCGGCUCGCCAAAGACGUCUUGGCCGAGAUCCCAGACCAGUUCCUUUCCUACAUGCGGACCCGCGGGAUAAAGCCUUUGCCAGCGCCGCCUCCUUACACACCACCAGGGCAACCCAUCCACACCCAGAUAUAAGGAGCUGGGGAGGGUCUGGAAAGGUGUUAGAGUCAGGGGUUCGCUGAACUUUUACGCGCGAAAUACUUCCAUUUCCUUAAAGCCGCUUUCCAUGCCUUGUUGCCGUGGAUCACAGCGGUCUUUCUCGUGUUCAGGAAGCUGCAUGUCGGGCCAGGAAAAGCCAACGAGAGUCUGUUUACUUCCACUGUCAAGCAUUCCUGUUAUUGUCUGGAUUUUUGUUUUCUGGGAAACCUGGAAAAGUUGGUGGAGAGAGUUCGGAAAGUCUCGAUUUAAGCUAAGAAAACAUGAAGGAAACAUUGUAAAGAGAAUGUCUCCAGACAAAGGAAUCACUUGAUCUUCAAUGAACUUCUGUAAAUAUCUGGACACACUUCUUUCUCUUCUCUACUCUCUUUCUCUCUCCGACUCACUCAUUGUUUACAGUAAACUCUAACAAGAAUUUUUACUGUUGAUACUUUUAUAUUCACAUAGUUGCGAGCUUGUUAUACUCUCUCUCUCUCUCUCUCUCUCUCUCUCUCUCUCUCACUCUCUUUCUCUGUCUUUCUCUUUCUCUCUCUCUCUCUCUCCUGGCACGUGAGUCAGGUAGCAGCAGUGCAGGUCCUGGUAGCCCUUCUGUACCGUACCGUACCGUGCUGUACCGUACUGUACUGUAUUCUAGUGUUUGUAUUAACCUUUUGCAUGAGUGUAGCCUCAGUCAAGUGCAUGCAUAUAGUGGCCCUGCACUACCUCUUCUACCCAUCUGUCUGUCUGUCUGUAGGGGGUGAGUGUCUGUCUGUCUGUCUGUCUGUCUGUCUGUCUGUCUGUCUGUCUGUCUGUCUAUACCUUCAUUUGUCCCAUGGCCCAGUCUGUCUCCCUGUUAAAAACGUGUCUUCUUAUCUUACCAGCCAUCUCUCUGCCUCUAUCACUUGCAUUAGCUGUGUUUCCAUCCAACAUUUUUUUAAGUUUGAAUAGAUGCUUAUGAAUACGAUGAACAACAAAGGAAUUUCCUUUGGUCCUCUUAAUUUCAUCAGUUUAGAAAUGAUUCAGGUUCACCACAAACCUAUCUUUGGAACCCGUCUCAACUUAGCAAAAACGCUAUAUCAUAGUGUCCAUCAUCUUCCACUAUACAAAAGGCAUUUGGAUAAAAGCAACUGGACUUGUAGAAUUUCUUGAAGACGUUUCGCCACUCAUCCAAGUAGCUUCUUCAUUUCUGAGACUGGUGGGAAGUUGAGGUUUAAAUAGGAAUAGUUACCUUUCUUCAAAUGCCUUGGAUUACCAUGACCUGGAUUACUGAGGACCUUCACAGACAUAUCUUCCACUAUGUGAAUGCUAACACAUUUGUAGAUUUCUAGUCAGGCCAACUACACAAGACAGUUAUUUUGUCCGUCUGUCACUUGAAUAAAUUUGUAUUGAUUUAGAAGAUCAAAACCCAAACUGACAUCCCACUCAUGCUAAUAGUAACAGUAUACCUGCUAACCAUCAGUAUGCUAGCAUUUUAUCAACGUGGAUCCAUGCUAAUGUUAGCAUUAAGAUCUAGCGUACUGCCUCGCUGCACUUCGACCACACAAAGGCGCUAGCACGCUGCUGUGGAUUCUCAAGGUAUUUGGACACCCUAUUUUUUUCCCCUCUUUUUAAUCUAAAGUAAAAAAUUUUAUAUAUAAAAAAAUAUUGUUACGAACACAAAAUUUGCUAACAAAGUGCCAAGUCCUUUUUACGGUACGAGACAAAAUGUAGUCGCCAAGUAGUGAGGAUGCUUUUGUGGUCACCUCACCUUUUCAAAGUAAAUAAAAAAAUUAAAAAAAAAGUUUUCAAACAAUUUUGAGAGGAUUUCAGGAGUUGAACUUGGACCAGUCAUUUAUGGUUUGUUUCAGGGUGUCAGGGAUCCGCUUUUUCAGAACUGGGACCACGGUAAUGAGACACCAAUUUCUGUGAUCCUGAUCCUGAACUGCCAACAAGGAUCAGACGCCAAUUUGUAUGAUGAGCUUUUCAUGUGCGAGAAUCUGAAAGGACAAAUGGUUUCAACCAAUCAAAAAUGUACAGAAAAUCAAACCAGUUCUGAAAACUUUAAUGAAUAAACUCUAUUAAAUAAUGUUAGUUUAUAAUUGUGAAGCACAGACAUUUGGACAAUACAGAACACGCUCCUUUAGUUGUGUUUUACCAAAUAAAAUUAACCAGCGUUCGACAAAUAUUUUCUUUUCUAAUUGCUGGAUAAUUGAUAUUUUAAAUCUUUACAUAAACUUUAUUUGUUGAAUGGGAACGUAGCUACUCUCUCUCUCUCUCUGUCUCUCUCUCUUUCUCUCUCUCUCUUCCAAACUGCCUUGGCAAUAGGAUGCCCAUGUGCCCAGGGGUUUCAUGUCAUCGUGUCGUCACACCACAUUCCUGCCCCAUGUUUAAAAUGACAGCAGCUGCUCUCGAACUGAAUACAGUUUGAGCAUCAAGAGCCCAGUGGUCAAAAAUGCAGAGAAAAACACACUUUCCCUAUGUUUGCUUUCAGUUUCUUUCGUGUGUGAGUGAGUAUUUUUUAAGGCACCUUUAGCUUUGAUACAGCUUUAUAUGUUAGUUUUUAUGAAGUGUGUUUAUAUGUGCCAAGCGUGCGAGCACGGAUGAUGUGUGCGAGUCGAUUUUGACUUUGACACUGAUGUCUUCUCUUUUCGUCAUGAAUGUGGAGGGACUGAUCGGCGUUGUCACGAGGCGAGCCGAUGGUGAGGGUAAAUGUGAGCGAGACCCGUGUGCUGAAUGAAAGAAAACAUGUUUGAAAAGGUGGCAUGCAGCAUUUUAACAUUCAGUGGACAUUGUGCAAAUAACAGGGUGAUAUUUCAGCAGUGUCAAAGGCUACAGUCGUGACGUGAACAAAACUCUGGACAUUAGACAAGCAUUUUAUUAUAGUGCCAUGUCCAAAUAUUACACUUCUAUUUCGGUGUAUCGAAGUACACAAGUUCACCAUCUAGUAAUGUUUGACAUGAAAUUCUUCCAACUUUUCUUGCGUACUAAACGUUCAGCUGACCACAGAGCUGGAAGUUUACGGCAGCACCAGACUCUCUGACCAAGAGGAGAGCUCAUUGAGACAAAGACGAGACUGAGACUUUGAUGGGCCAAGGCCAGUUUUUCGUAGAAAUGCGUGUACCAUUCAAAAAAACGUACUUUCAUAGCAUUCCUGGCUAUAAACAGCCACUAACUUUGAUUUUAAAAAUAUAUCAGUAUAUUAAAUCUGUUAAUCACACUCAGUAGACUACUGACUAAAACUACUAAAUAUUAAAAAAAAAAUAUCUAAAUUUUAAACCUUUAAAUGUUUUUUUUGUUUUUUUUUAAGGGUCACAUAUAAAUACACACAAUAUGACCUAUUUUUCAAUAUAAAAAAUGAUCAGAAACGAGAUUUUUUACCUGUUAUCAUAGUCUUGGAUACGUCAGAUUAGAAGCACAAUUGACUUUUUUUUUUAAUGCAGUUUUUGUGCAGCAUCACAUUUUCAUUAAAACUCCAUCUCGUGCUGUUCGUGGCUGUUUUUCCCCCAUUAACUAAACUUUUUGAAUGCACAGAAACGACACUAAAUAGCAUUGCGUUUUACAAUGCUGGUGGUUUCCCCUGUUCAGGAGGGCUCACAUUUGGCAAUUUUACUGUUGAUUACCAAAUGUGAUUUGAUAUAUGGAGUUAAAAAUUUGUUAUUUUGGGUAAUUUGUGUGUAUUUUGCCCCAUAUCUCUGACUUUUCUUUUAAAAUUGGCAUUUAAAGGGUUGAAAUUUUGAAUGUUUUUUUUUUAGUAUUUGGUAGUUUUAGUCAUUAGUGAGGCUGAUUAACAGAUUUAAGCAAAAAAAAAUGUAUCUGAUAUAUUUUUACAGUAGUCAAAGUUACUGGCUGUUUUCAGCCACCUACGUUACAAAAGAAAGUUUUUUUUUUGCCCACAGUGUAUUAUUGACCUAUUCAAAAUAUUGAAAUCAUAUUUUCGAAAUGUAUGUAAAAUUAAGGUUCCUCACCAAAAAUCAUUCCAUUUGGUGCAAUACAGUGGAAGAUACAAGGAAAAAGAAGGCCCCUCGUGGCUGUCCUCUAGCCCUCUGGGUGAAGUAGUGACUCCACGGUGUGUAGCGUACUAACUACAAUUAAAAACAAUACAAUAAACAACAAAAUAUCAGGAGUUAAGACUUCAAUUUCAAGAUAAAAGUCGAUGCAAUUAACUUUAGAUACAUUUACAUACAUCUAUGUAUCUCGCUUCACAAAAACUAACGUGUUGCCCUGAACUCUCACAGAGUUAAGACUGAACUUAGAUUUCAUACUAUACAUCGGUAGGCAAUAUCUAAGGCUAAGGAGUUUGGCUCAGAGAAACACUUAUCUUACAGUUCUGCUUUUUAAAAGUAAACAUGGUCCAUCUCAGUAGGUGCUACAUUGCUGAAUUUACCUCCAAUCUGAUUUAUUCUAGAUUGAGUUUUGCAGUUUUCCAUUGGAUUUUUGUCUGGGAGAGUGGUUGUGAAUAGUAGAGGGUGACAGCUAAUAGCAGUAAUAAUAUCUAGACAAAGAUAUCUCGGCGGUUUUAGUCUUGGCCAGUGCUGGAAUAAAACCUCAGCUGAGACAGAGAUGAGAUGGAGGAAGAAUGCGGUCGAUAACGAGACGGGGCCCUCGAGGACGCCCUUGCCACCUCCGAACUUGCGGCCAUGUUUCCUUUUCUUUCUUUUUUCUACUUGUUCUCCAGCCAUAGAGGUGCCUGUGCUGUCGCCUGCUGGCACGGCUCUAGGCUUCAGGGUAAUCAAUCACACGACGGGACGGCAUUCUCAUUUUGACUCGCGCUGACAUUUGAGUUUUUCCUGGUGAAAUGUUGCCGUCGUGUGAAGCGACGUUGAAAGGGUACAUUUGGAUUUCACACACUUUAGGACUCCAGACUGCAAACGUGACCAUGACAACCCAGGUGUCUUGUGCCAUUACACAGUAGCAUAGUUAUCACACAUGAACGUUCGUAACUGAUAUUUUUUUUUUUU